CCACGAGCUCAGGGUUUCUCGGGCCCGUUCCCAAAUUUUUGUUACCGCUAAUGGACGCGCGACAUCCUCUGAAGGCCCUCUUGCAACUCCAACUCGGAUCGGACUCCUACGCAGUUCUUCAUCUGCCGUACAUUCUCGACUCUCUGACGGCGGAGAACUUUGCACCCUCCCCGCACUUGACCAAAUGGACGGCACGAAUCAACUCACUUUUGCACGCGAAGACUGCCGACGCGCGGUGGGCGGGACUUUGCCUGGCGCAGAAGAGUGCUAUUCUCGCGAAACCCAUUCUAUUGGAAUGCGCGCAGAGCUGGAUCGGGAGCGUUCUGCCGUUGUUGUCUAAACAAGAACCCGUUCCAGUACUAGCUGCAUCGAUACGACUCCUGCGGAUUCUGUUUACGGAGGCUGCGGACAUGCCUGAGUUCCAGAGACAAGUCGCAACACCGAAUGUUGCAAAGUUUACUACUGCGUGCAUGGCACUUGUGGACAAGCAGUCAGAUGUCGAGUUGAGAUGCUUGAUUCUGUCCACUCUUACUGCGCUGGUCAUAGUCUAUCCGACUCUGCACCGGACUUGGUCGGGCGGAUUGUCUACGAUCUGUCUCGGUGUUCUGAACGGUAGCCCAUUCGAUACCACCGAUUCUAGACUGGUUCAUUCCGCUUCCUGCUUAUAUGCUACUCUGCCUCUGACUGGUGGAAAAGUCGGAGCCGUCAAUCUAUGGAGGAAAGCUAUGGAGGAUAGCUUGUCGCAAGGGUGGAACUCGUUCUACGCUAUACGAACUACAUUCUCUGUUGAUGGUCGUUUGCCCUCAGCGUCUUCUGAGGACCCACGGAUCGCUGUUCCUCUCAAUCUAGAUCGACUAAAAUGCAGCGUGGUAGCCAUUAGCGAUUUACUGAAAACCAACACGGCCCGUGCUGUGCAAAUCCCUUUGGGUGCUCUCCUCAAAUUCGCGUUGGCACUUGUGGGAUGUCUCAAGGACGAAAAGGUAGAGCAUCAUAUCGAUUACUCAAGACGUGAUAUGGAAGCCUCUGUUACCCCGCACAUCUGGAAAAUUGGCUCUGAUUUAAUCAUCCGACUCGCAGAAUGGUACACUCCUGCUUCUCAACUUUCCUGCGGGCUGACAGCCAUUUCCCGAUGCAGUCUAGGCCGUCGUCUGACUCCCAAUGCGACGACCGUCGUUGGCUGUCUGGUGUCUCAACUCGAGCAGUCCACCACUGCCUCGGAGCGACUGUCUUUUCUUGUGGCGUUGGAAGCGAUGCUAUCCAAGUGUCUGCCACUCGAUUCACCCUUGCUUGUGAAUGGUUUGGCUAAAACUCUCCUGCCUUUUGUAUCCGUUCUUGUCUCAAAGCAAGAUGUCUCUAAUGGAGAUACUCAAACAAGUGGCCGUAGUAAAAAAGGCAAAAAAAGGGCUAGAGAGUUUGAAGGCGACGAACUCUUCAACUUGUCUCGAGAUGUGAUCUGCCCAACCGCAGUGGACGGGAAAGUUGUAUUGGCAUCCCUCGCAGUGCUCCGGAUCAUUCUGCGCAAUCACACCCUCUCGCCAGCCCUCCAUUCGAUAUCUUCCCGCGUCGUCCUCUCAAUCAUGCUGAAAUUGCCGCAAAUAUCAGCAGCAGCAGUUUCCGCCGAUCACCUUCUUCAUGGCGAGGUCACAGCCGUGGUACAGGACAUGAGUCUGGAGUUGUCUACCGGAUCGACGGGAGGAAUGAGUAAGAGCCUUGGACUAGUCAUCAAUUCCAAUCUAUCAGCGGUACAUCGAGAUCCUGAUCUCGAAAUUCUUUUGCACCCUCGUCUUCCUCCGCUGCUUCGUUCCUUGCCCUGGAUUGAGUCAUUGUCGCUCUCUCACGCAGAAGAAAGCCAGGCGGAGGCUGAGCUGCGACAGUCCCUGGGACUGGCCUCUGCGGAACCACUCGAACCAGUCGAGAAAGUCGCACCAAUAUCUGCCAGCACCGAUGAUCUGUCCAUGUCCAGGCCAGCUCAAGCUCCAACGCCGGUGAUCACAGCGCCUGUAUUUGCUGCGCCGCUACUACCCCCGCCACAGAUGGCCACCCAGCUCGCUCCCCAAACUGUUGCAAUGACACCAGCACCAACAACCCCAGCAAAACCAGUCUCAGCUUCGUUGGCUACUACAGUCACCCAAAUGCGGAUGGAGGUCGACGACGACGAAAAUGAGGAAAUGCCGGUGCUCAACAUGGACUCGGACUCGGAGGAUUCCGAGUAACCUGCGCUCGCAUUCAUGUUCUGGGCCGUUUCGCAUUCCGAGUGUGGAUCGGCAGGUCUUCUUCGUCCGACUCGGCAUCGGCAUUUGCAUUAUUGCCACUCAGCGAUCGAAUCUGCUCUUUGGUUAGCUACUUCGUGUGAAUGUCGUCGUGGGAGAGGGGACCUUGAAUAGAAAACCUUGUGCUACGACAUUUCCCGUAUCCAAAGCCAAUGCACGCUCUAGAUGCGAUUGGGCAUCUCGUAGUAGACUGGGACCGAGGGAAGUUGAAAGCUCUGUAGGAAGUGGGUCGUGUUAGACUAGAUGCCAUCCAGGAUCUUUACCGCCAGGUUGAGCCAAGAACAAGCAGAGCAGUCCAGCGUACACGUGAAGAGCCGGAUUAUCCUGGUAAGGAAAGGAGGGUAGGUACCUACGUGCCUCUCAAUGCAUUGGUCGGAAUGAGAAAUAGAGGCGUCAUACAGCUCAAGUUCGUCCAAAGCCUCUCUGUGCUCACCGGAGGCGAUCAAAUGGAGCACUAGCUCUUGGAGAAUGCUUUCGCGCUGGCACAGAGACUCAUUGUCAGACCCAACCGGGCGCCGUUGACUCGACCCUCACUUCCUCGGGCUGUUGUAACAUCAUCACGCGUAAAAACUCGAUUUUCUUGGUCGUUUUGUUGGGCUCAGGGCCGAGGAGUUGCAAGCCCGUCACCCACAUUUUCUUCCACUUGAUUUCCUCGCACCGAGCUAAGAUAGCCCAAGCGCGAGCAGCUCGCGCGAAGUCGCCGCGCUGAAGGCAGAUUUCCAUCACAUCGUAGAGACGGCGGAUAUGGGUUUUCCUGGUAGAGAAGCGUUUGGCUUCAACAGAGGAAUUGAAAAUGAAGGAUUGAGUCAUGGCGCCAGACCCUCAACUCAACUAUCAUGUCUGGUAUAAACGCCGGCGACGACAAACUCGUCUUCGAGUCCUCUGAGGCCGUGUCCGUGGUGUCCACUUUCGACGACUUGGGGUUGAAGGAGGAUCUUGUUCGAGGCAUCUACGCGUACAACUUCGAAAAGCCCUCUGCGAUCCAACAGCGUGCCAUCCUGCCUAUAACACAAGGGCGGGAUGUCAUUGCACAGGCACAGUCGGGUACUGGUAAAACUGCCACAUUUUCCAUCUCCAUCUUGCAGUCCAUCGACAUCAACGUGCGAGAGACACAGGCCCUCGUUUUGUCCCCUACACGUGAACUCGCCACGCAAAUACAGUCUGUCGUACUCGCGCUGGGCGACUACAUGAACGUGCAGUGUCACGCGUGUAUCGGCGGAACCUCGAUUGGGGAGGACAUCCGUAAGCUGGAGUACGGGCAGCACGUCGUCUCUGGUACCCCUGGCCGUGUGUUCGACAUGAUCCGGCGGCGGAGCUUGCGUACACGCAAUAUCAAGAUGUUGGUGCUUGACGAGGCGGACGAGUUGUUGAACAAGGGGUUCAAAGACCAGAUCUAUGACGUUUACCGCUACCUCCCUCCCGCCACCCAGGUCGUUCUGCUCAGCGCUACCCUUCCAUACGACGUGCUGGAGAUGACAACAAAAUUCAUGACCGACCCCAUCCGCAUUCUCGUCAAGCGUGACGAACUGACGCUGGAGGGCAUCAAGCAGUUCUUCGUCGCCGUGGAGAAGGAAGACUGGAAAUUCGACACGCUGUGCGACUUGUACGACACUCUGACAAUCACGCAAGCGGUUAUCUUCUGCAACACUCGACGCAAGGUCGACUGGUUGACGGAAAAGAUGCGCAAUUCAAAUUUCACGGUGUCUUCAAUGCACGGUGAGAUGGCGCAGAAGGAGCGUGAUGCUAUCAUGGCAGAGUUCCGCGGAGGAACAUCGCGUGUGUUGAUCACAACGGACGUUUGGGCGCGUGGCAUCGAUGUGCAGCAGGUUUCGCUGGUCAUCAACUAUGAUCUCCCUGCGAACCGUGAAAACUACAUUCACCGUAUCGGCCGGUCUGGUCGUUUCGGUCGCAAGGGUGUUGCCAUCAACUUUGUGACUGUUGACGACGUUCGUAUCCUGCGUGAUAUCGAACAAUUCUACAGCACUCAGAUUGAUGAAAUGCCAGUGAACGCUGCAGAGCUUAUCUGAUUUGUGCAUUACUUUUCGUCGAAUUGUGUUUUGGAUGCCUUAGCAAAUGCCAAUUUUGUAAUCUACUGUGCGGGUGUCUCACUUGUCAGGUCAUCCAUACGCGAACGAUUGUUG